GAACAGUGGUAAAUCCAGUACCACAUAAGGUUACAAUAGCUAUGAAUGAAGAGCUACUGAAACCCUUUCUGAGGGAGUAAAUUUGGGCAGCUUUGAAGGCAAUGGGACCGAUGAAAUCUCCAGGAGCUGAUGGUAUGCCUACACUCUUUUUUCAGAGCAACUGGAACAUAAUGGGAGAGGCAAUCACUAUUGAGCUACAAGGAUACCUCGAAGCUGGUAGCUUCCCUCAGGAAUUGAAUCAUACCCUUAUAACUCUAAUACUGAAGAAUAAAAACCCCAAAUUCAGUGGAUUUUCGUUCCAUUAGUCUAUGCAAAGUACUUUACAAAAUCAUAUCUAAGGUACUUGCUAAUAGACUAAAAGGGGUGCUGGACGAGGUGAUAGUCGCAAAUCAGAGCGCUUUUGUGCCAUGGAGGCUCAUCACAGACAAUGUCAUGAUAGCUUUCAAGUGUUUUCAUUCAAUGAAGACAAAAAACUUAGGAAAUAAGGGUUUUAUGGCUGGAAAACUAGAUGUUACUAAAGCCUACGGUAGAGUAGAGUGGGAUUUUUUGGAGGCCAUCAUGUUGAAAUUGGGUGUAACAUCCCGAAACUUUUUCCGAGCAAGAUAUUGUCCGCUUUGGGCCUCGACCCUCACAGUUUUCGACUUGGGGUGCAAUUCAAGGUGACUUCCCAUAAGGUCACCCAUCCUUGUUGUACUCCACACUGAGCACGUUAAACUUCGGAGUUCUCACAAGAACUCCUCCAUUACACCCCAAAACGUGUCUUGUCAGUUAAGGUCGGUUUCCUACUUAUGAACCAUGGAUCUCUCUCGUGCUUUGUCGAUGUAGGAUUUGCCUAAGGUGUUACAUACACCCCCUCUUGGGACUCAACGCCCUCGUUGAGGUUUGCCCCACCAUCGUUCAAGAGGGACGCGGAGAGGCUCUGAUAUCACUUGUAACAUCCCGAACCUUUUUCCGAGCAAGAUAUUGUCCGCUUUGGUCCUCGACCCUCACAGUUUUCGACUUGGGGUGCAAUUCAAGGUGACUUCCCAUAAGGUCACCCAUCCUUGUUGUCUCCACACUGAGCACGUUUAACUUCAGAGUUCUCACAAGAACACCUCCAUUACACCCCAAAACUCGUCUUGUCAGUUAAGGUCGGUUUCCUACUUAAGAACCAUGGAUCUCUCAUGGGCUUUGUCGAUGUAGGAUUUGCCUAAGGUGUUACAUUGGGUUUCGACCAUAGAUGGGUACAAAUGAUGAUGGCCUGUGUCACCACUGUCUCUUUUUCCACUUUGGUGAAUGGUCAUCAAACGGAGAUAUUAUAUCUUAGCAUAGGGCUAAGACAGGGGGACCCCAUAUCCCCCUAUCUAUUUCUGUUUGUGGUGGAAGGCCUGUCAGCCCUAAUCACUAAAGCGGAGCGAGAGAAGCAGAUUGAAGGAAUAAGAGUCAAGAAGAAUGCACCACAGAUCUCCCAUUUACUAUUUGUUGAUGACAAUAUUCUCUUCAUGAUGGCAAUUAAGUCUGAAUGUGAGAAAGUGAAAGCAAUCCUCAGCUCAUAUGAAGCUGAAUCAGGCCAGCAGGUCAACCUACACAAAUCCGAGAUGUCUUUCAGUCCUAAUGUAAGGCAGGGGAGGAAAAGGGAGCUUGUUGAUACUCUGAAUAUGAAAAUAGUGGAUUAUCAUCAAAAGUGCCUGGGAAGUUUGGCUAUUUGGUUGAUCGAUUUCGAGCAAAAGUCAAAGCUUGGAAAGGGAAGUUACUAUCUGUGGCAGGGAAGGAAGUCCUAAUAAAAUUUGUGGCUCAGGCUCAGAUGACCUAUGUCAUAUCAAUUUUCCAAAUUUCACUCAGUACCCUCAAAGAACCAAAAAGAGUCGUGACUCAUUUUUGGUAGGGGCAGUAGUAGAGGAGGGAAAGACUCGCUGGUUAAACUGGAAUGAGCUAUGUAAAUCCAAAAAGUUGGGUGGGAUGGGGUUUAAAAACCUACAAAGCUUCAAUCUAGGGGGAAGCAGCUAUGGCGUAUAAUUCAUAACCCUGACACUCUAGUGGCAAAAGUGCUAAAAGUCAAGUAUUUUGAGGAUAGAGAUCCCCUGGAUGUGGAAAUUGGAAGGAACCCCAGCUGGGUUUGGCGCGGAUUGAUGGCAGCUAAGGAUCUAGUUAAACAAGGUAUGAGGUGGAGAUUGGGGAAUGAAAACAAAAUCGAUGUCUGGAUCGAUAAAUGGGUGCCUUCUAGCACAACUCUAAGAUUGACAUCCCCAACAGCUCCUUGGAGAAGCACAACUUUAGUUGCUAAACUGAUUGACCACGACUCCAGGAGCUGACAUACAGAUUUAUUACAGAGGUUUUCUAACCCUAUCGAUCGUGUUAAUACACAGAAAAUUCCCAUUCCACGACAAUCUACUGAAGACAAGCUAAUUUGGGGAGUGGAAAAGUCAGGGGAGUACACUGUUAAGUCGGCAUACAGGCUUUGGGAAGACAUGAAUGUAGAGGAAGAAGGUGAAUUCUAUUCACCAGUAAACUAGAAGAAACUCUGGAACCUAAGGAUCCCUCCAAAAGAGUCAAAAAUUUUGCCUGACACUAAUUGAGGAACAUAAUUCCUAUAGAAGCACGUAUCUUUGAUCGAUUGCAGAAGAGGAGUGAAGGUUACCCUUUCUGCAACCUAAGGGAAACACAUGAACAUAUCUUUCGCGAUUGUGGUUGGGUUCGAAGAGUAUGGAGAUCUACCCCUAUGGGUUCAUACAUCGACAGAGGACAUGAUCUUACCUCGGAGAAGUGGUUUUGUGAGCUCCAAGAGAUGGAAUCUGAAGAAAUGCUUGGAGCUUUCUUGGUGGCUCUAUGGUAUAUCUGAGAUUAACGAAACUGUCAUUUAUGGAUCAAAAAGAAGUUAGAGGAAUGGGAGAUACUACCUAGAGCAAGCGAUUGGUUACAAGAUUACCUGGAGAAGCAAUUGCAACACCAGUUGUUGGGGCGACAUGAAGAACAACGAUGGAAGCCACCGACGACGAUUUCCGUGAAGAUAAUGUUGAUGCGACAUGUUUUGUGGAUCGGGGAACGAGAUGGGGAGUGGUAAUUACAGAUGGAGGAGGAAAGUUUAUGUUUGAUGGGGUUAGGAGAUCAAGGAUCCAGUGGAACCCAGAGGAGGCAGAAGCAAUAGCCAUUGAUUUCGGCCUUGACCUGGCACACAAGUUUGCUUUACGGGAAAUAGAGAUGGAAUCGGAUUGUCAGGGAGUGAUUCAACAGCUACAAUGGGAGGAAGAAAGGGAGAUAGAGAUUGGGUUGGUCUGUGCGGAAAUAAGGGCCAAGGCCCGGACACUGGACUGUGUGAAGUGGAGUUUCACGGGCCGAAAUUAAAAUAAACUUGCCCAUCUUAUGGCCCACGUAGACUGUAGUUGGGAUGGUGAGGAGGUGUGGGUUGAUAGCCCAUCUCAUUUUCUUGUACCUCUUCUUAGAGAGGAUUGUGGUGGAAACUCUGAUAUUUCUUUUUAAAUAAAGGCACAAUACACUUCCAUAGCCAUUUCGUUCAAAACUUUAACGGUAAGCUGACUGGACAAACGUUUUAUAGUUACGUGGCAGCUUUUCAUCAAACCUACUGCCAGGUGGAAAUGUUAAACUUUUUUUGUAAUUACAUGAGAAACAACAUUUAAAUAAAAAAGGAAAUAAAAAAGUCCAUCAGUCUUCUUCGUCUUCCUUUUCUCUUCCAUCUACCCUCCCAUAAACUUUGACCACUACUCAGCUGGUUCUUCGAUCUACCACAAAUUUUACUUUGGCGAGUGCACAGGAAUUGGGGAAACAAUACUAAUUGGAACAAAAGUUCGAUUACGAAGCCAGAACCCAUUGAUGAAGAAGCAAAAACAGAGAAAUCCCUGUUGUUGCUCUUGCUGCGAAGAAAUCCGACAUUGUUGUGUGUAAAGAAACUGCCGGUUUUGGGACUCCCGCUCAAGACCUCGAAGGCGGAUGCCGGAACUGUGACGAGUUCACCAGAUCUGCGCAUGCCGGAACUGCCGCCAGAUUCAGUCUCCUCUUGCUCGGUUGUUUUUCGGAUGAAAUGGUGACAACUUCACAGAUUCAACAAUGUUGGAGAGAAACAGAGGCUCGAACCUGUUGAUAGCGGCAGUAAAUGGUCCUGCCGGCGAUUAGGGCUCAUCAACUUCUCGAUCUAGGAUUGUUGAAGAAGGAAGUCCGCAAUUAUCUUUCUCAUCCAAAAUUCCUUUCCCAACCAUGACAACCGGUGAAGAGAGUGACAAAGGGAAUUUGUUUAAUUAAAAUUUGAAGAGGGGUUUGAAGAAUACGGUGGUUGUGCUGUGGUUUGGCUAUGAGAAAAGGGAAGAUCGAGUGGCUGUGGGGGGAUCUGGUGAGCUUUUUGGAGGAAAUUGUUGUGUAGAGAGGAAGAAGAAGCUUCUCCCUCUUGGAUUGAAGUGGACGGCAGGGGAGGAAAGAGUGGAGGAAGGGGAAGGGUUUGGGCGACAAAUGAUUUUUUAUUUUUGAUUUUUUUUAUCACUUUUGACUCAUCUUUUGUAUUUGUAAGUUAACUUUUUAAUUGAAAAUAUGACGUGGCUAUUUAAGUGGGAAUAGUGAGUCUAGGUGGAUAAUAGGUGUCGUCCAGAUGGCGGCCAUGUAAGCACACCGUCCUCUAAACUAAUAGAACAUUUUCUGCCGUUAAACUAUUUAGCGGAAAUGUCUAAAUUAGUCAAGCAAGUUUUAAAAGCGUGGCUAUAUUUGUGUACUUUUCAAAAUGUGGCUAUUAUUGUCACAACACGUAUAAUUAUUACUAUGAAAGUGUAUUUUGCCUUAAAUAAAUGAAUACAGUUUCCUUAAAAAAAAAAAACUCUCGAUCAUUGAUGUUGAUCUUAUCGAUGUAUUGAAAUUUGGAAUUUUUUUCAAAUGGGUUCACCUGAAUUAUAACGAUGUAAUGAUGGCAUCAGAUGAACUUUAGGGAUAGUAUGUUUGGUAAUAACUGUCCGACAACUGAAGAAAACGUUUUCUUCUUCUGCGUCCGACAUUGAUUAAUAGCGCUCCCGUUUCUGCCACAUGCUGGUUUUCUCAGACACUGGAUUGCCAUUUGCCAUAUUCAGGGCAAGGAAGAAAGGUACGGAACGGAAGUCAUAGUACCUUUGAACUCUUCCACUGUCGACCUAGCUAGCUCUUUCUCUGCCUGAAUGUACGUAGCGGAUAAUUAAUAUAUUCACAUGCUUCAUUGUACCUGGCCGUAUCAUACCCUGCAGAAUAGUCUUUUGUUUUUGUUAUCAUCAUCAUCAUCAUGUGUCAUACAUACCCUCGUAGGUUGAUACGCAAGACAGACAAUAUGCUACUCCAAACGGGCAUGCAUGCAUGUCGCCAAGGACACUUGUUAACUGCAUGUUUUGCAUGCUGGCGGCAAAGUGUUGCGGUAUAUGAUCCAUGAUUGAACCUCUCCCAAUAAUUCAAGUUAUUGGGAUCAAUUGGUUCUCGACAGUACGUACGUAUGUAGACUGAAUAUCGUCAAUUGAUUGUUGUCGCGGGAAAGCGUUUGAAAAGAAGCAAGGGUACGUCGGAGACGGAAUAUUUUAUUGCCAAAACAGAAUCUAUGAACUAAAUCAUAGUCUGGUCUGAGAAUUAUUUCAGAGUCAAAUUCGUUAGUACCCAAACAUGCAUGAAUAUAAGAUAUGAUCGCAAAGUUUGCCACCUAAUUAUACAGUUGAGUUUGAGUGCUACGGAAUUCCCCACGUGUAUGAAAAAGGCGAAAACACAUCCCCAUGAAGUGAAAAUUAUUGAAGGCAUGCUGCAGCCGUUGGUGGUGUGUAUAUAAGUUUUCCUGUUUUGUCUUUUGGUAACAAUACAUUCCCCCCUUUCUCGAUCUCAGCCUUUUCUUUCUUAUGGCCUUAUCCUCCCACAACCCUCCCUUCACCCUAAAUUCCUUUCGACCUCCAAUCCCAUUAGUUAAUUAGCUAGUAAUGACCCUUAAUUAUAUUAGUCUACUUAAUUAGCUUCUUCACAACCCACAUGAUCAUCCUUUAUAUCUUAUGCUUGCGUGCUUAAUUAUAUCGGUCUUUCAACUCACAUCAUCAAAGGGACUAAUUAUUGUUGAUCCCUAGUUAGUCUAUUAAAUCAUAUAGUGUUUUCUUUCUUAUACAAUAAUCAUAUGUGAUAAAAAUCCAUUGAUGUUGUAAUUGCAUGCAAUCCUGAAAUUACUUUGUCAUUCAUGAGAGCCUAUAUUGAGAGAGACAUGCUGAUGGAUCAAUAAAUGUAAAUUCAUCCUAGAGUAUCAUAUAGGUUGAACUUCUGACGAAGAUUUAUAUCGUCUUUAACCAUCACCUAUCAAAACAAGUAAAAUACCUCAUGACCAUAUUAAAUAGUUUUGGUAUCAAAAGGUUGGACUCGAGAAUUAGCUUAGGCUCAACACAAGUUGAGUAGUAUUUUUAUUUGAAUCAAGAGCACUUCUACUAUGUUAUAUAACAAUGGUGUUUUAAUGUACGACUUGAAGUUGUACUACAACGUUAAAUGGAUAAGUUCAAAUUGUACCAUAAAGAAAUUUGUACUUUUAUG